AUGGCUGCAAAACGUAAAGCAAGUGCGAUGUUGCACAAGGAAUCGAUUUCUCAUGGUGAAAAUCACGAGACAAUGAACUUGGAUGAUUCAUACGCAAAUUUAUUGAAAGACGCUGACAAGUUGAAAUUGAUGUUGUUGGCAUGGAAUUAUCAAAACUCUGCUGCUGUUCGUAAUGGCACAUCAGGUCCCGAUCUUUCAACGAUGACAAAUUUAUGGGAGCAAUAUCAGAAUGCUCUUGGAAUCAAUGUUGGAAAUAAAUCAAACGAACUCGGAUCACCAUUUGACAAAAAAAAUUAUUUAUUGUCGCCGUCACAUAGUCAAGAAGAAGCAAAUUCUCCGUCUGAUAAUAAAGAAGAAGACGAAGCUUCGGAGGACGAAUCUGAUGAAAGAAUGGAUCAAGCAUCCUACGAUCCUGAGAGACUUAAAGCAUUUAAUAUGUUCGUGCGUUUGUUCGUUGAUGAGAAUCUUGAUCGGAUGGUUCCAAUUUCUAAACAACCGAAGGAAAAAGUUCAAGCAAUCAUUGAUUCAUGCGCUCGACAAUUCCCAGAUUUCUCAGAACGUGCUCGCAAACGCCUUCGCACUUAUUUAAAAUCAUGUCGACGUAAUAAGAAGACUAAAGAUGGUUGGGAGAAUCAGCCCUCACGCCCAACUCCGGCACAUUUAACAUCAGUGCAGGCUGAACAAAUUCUCGCUCUUGCUUGUGAGAAUGAAAGUUUAAAUGCAAAGCGAAUGCGUAUUGGACUCGAACCAAUCAGUCAAUCGUUGAAUAUUCCAUCAUCACAUUCCUCCGAAGCACAAUCGACUCAAACUCUUUACACAACAACAAAGUCAUCGAUGGAUAUUUCACUGACAACGCCGUUAUCUGUUUCAACAAGUACAGCAGCUUGUAAAACGUCUCCAAUUAUAUCAACGACAACUGAUUCAAAUGCAAACUCAAUUAAUUCAAUUCUGAGCUCAACAAGAUCAAUCGCAAUGCCAACUACAUCGCCAUAUGAUUUCAGUAGCUCAUUCAUACAGAAAGCAAAUCCUAUCAGUGCAUCAAACUUUUACAACAAUUCAUCUUCAAUUGCGCAAGGACCGACUGACUUAUCAGUCAAACGACCUCUUUUGCCACAUAAUUUGAAUGUGACUGAAGCUGUUGCUGUUAAACAACUCAUUACUGGUUACCGAGAAGCGGCUGCUUUCUUAUUACGUUCUGCUGAUGAAUUGGAACAACUCCUUCUUAAUCAGCAGCAGUAGAUGAACUUGAAAAUGUUCAAUUUAUUUCAUUUAUUCCUUAUUUAUUUUAUUAUUCGUAUUUUAUUCCUUACGUUCUCAUUUAGUUUUGCUUUUUAACAAUUCUUAGUUAUGAAAAAAUUACCAUCUAAUUUAGCGGUUAUUUUUGAAAAUUUAUAUGUUUUUUAAUCUUAAUAUUUCCUUAUUGUUU